AUGGCGAAUAGCGAUUUUGAAGAUGAUUUAUUCGAUGUAAUGGAAGACGAGGGCGAAGGCGAAGAUGAGCCCGAGCGUGAAAUAGAAGAAGAGAACGUCGAUUUCGACGUCGUAGCCGAAGACCCGACCGAACCAGACGAUGAAGAACCCUCCGAUGACUCUGACGAUGGCUCCGAUGACGACGAUGAAGACGAGGAGGCUGCCACUGAAUUAUCCGGAGAUCCAUUGGCAGAAGUUUUAGCUGCUGAGAUGGCAAACGCAAUUCCGAACAGGUCAUCAUCAGAACCACAGUCUAGCCAUAGUACAAAAGCACCCUCUCCCGUACCAUUGGCUCGCAGGCGCUCGCCGUCCCCUGCGACUAUGCGCAGGAAUAGCCUUCGUCUUCGUGCAGUACCUCGAACAUUCACGAUUGAAGCGAUUUGUGCUCUCCCCCAUCCCGUUUCCACACAUGCUCUGGCCGCGUCUCAUUGCAUGACCCACCUCCUAACGGGAUCCGACGAUGGUUAUAUCCGUGACUACGACAUCUUUACUGCCCUCAACUCAAAGAACUUUCUAACGGCUCCACAAAGACACCACUCUGGCGUUGUGGAGGGAAUAAUGAAAGCAGGGCAGAUCAGAUUUUGGUGGGAGAAUCUCUACCCACCCUCUCCCGGUAUCGAAGUAGAGCGUACUCUCGCUCCAGUCUACAGCCUGGCUAUGCAGUCUGAUGCACUCUGGACAUUGGCAGGUACAGACACGGGUCCAAUCAAUCUGUUUACUGUUCGGCAUGAACCUGGUCGAAUAUGCCACACUCUGAUAGGACAUCGUGGCCCUGUGUCUUCGAUGUCUAUGGACCAUGAUGAGAAGGGUUUCUUUAGUGCUGGUUGGGAUGGUGAGGCCUUACAAUGGGAUCUAAAUACCGGACAGAAUGUCAGGAAAUUUACAGCACACGGAUCACAACUCACAUGUGUUGCUGUCCGACCUACAGAUUCUGUAUAUACUGAGACAGGUUCUCCGAUAUCAGUUCACCCCGAACCGAACGACUUGGUCGGUGGCAGUAUAAACUCAAAGCUGCAUCCAUUUACAAAUCCUACGUCUCAAACGGAUAUAGAUGCCAAGUCCGAUGCAUCUCAUGAUUCGCUCUUUGAUGGGGACGAUGCCGACGAAUCCAAUCAAGCCACUUCCGGUGCUGCAACAACUUCCAAUGCGAAAGUUUCUACUGGCCAGCGCAGUAUCGUUCCUGUUCCAAAGGGCGCUCCUCCUCUAUUAGACUCGGAACGUUACAAAAUUUUCUCCCCCGACAUUUUGAUGACCGUUGCGAUCGACGGCCAGAUCAUGCUCUGGGACAAGAGGGUUCAUUCACCCGGACAAGGGGUUGGACGAUUAGGUUUGAGCGACAAGACACCGCCCUGGUGCUUAUCUGCUUGCUGGUCUGUCGAUGGAUCGCAAAUAUAUGCUGGAAGGCGGAACGGCGCGGUUGAAGUCUACGACAUGCGACAGAUAGGUCGCACAGGUCCUUUUGGCACUCCACGCCUUUUAAAAACAUUGCGUAACCCUCAAAGCUCAGGAGUAGUUUCUUGUGUGGUUGCACUCCCUGAUAAUAGGCAUAUUGCAUGUGCUUCGAUAGAUAAUAUAAGGUUGUGGAACGUCGCUGAUGCAGUGGAGGCCGAUACCUCCGGUCGAACAAGGAUACAAUUUAAAAUCAUCCCUGGGCAUCACGGGGGAUAUAUCUCACAAAUGGUGGUCGAUCCUGGGGCUAGGUUUCUUGUCAGUUCUAGCAGUAAUCGUGGCUGGCAUGGUGAUUCUACGAAAACAGUGUUUGUGCAUGACAUAAGACAUAUCCAAUGA